CCGUUGUUUGCGGGUUUAGGAGUUUUGCUCCGCCCCCCCGGUGUUUGUCGUAAACCUGGCUCCUGGCUCCAAUAAACCCGGGCUAAGAGCGCCCUGGGCUCGCCUCCUUCUCCAAGGCGAUCAAUAGGAUCUCAGGCGCACUCCAAGCACUCUCUUACGUAGACAUCCACCAAGGAGAGAGCCGAUACAACAACACGGUUGAUCUGCUCAAACACAAAAAAUCUACCUGCUUUCUGAAUCAUGUCGUUGAGCCCAAAGCAUACAACGCCUUUUUCAGUGACAGAUAUUUUGAGUCCAAUCGAGGAGACCUACAAGAAGUUCAGUGGCAUGGACGGCGCAGGGAACCUAACCUCUUCACUGGGAGCCUACCGACAACCUCAGGUGUCUCAGACCGGCAUGCAACAGCACUCGAUGGGCCACAACGCCACCGUGGCCACCACUUACCACAUGCCGCACACCGUCUCCCAGUUCUCCCACGGCGCAAUGGGGGGAUACUGCAACGGGAGCAUUGGCAAUAUGGGAGACCUCCCGUCGUACCAGGAAAGCAUGCGGAAUACUGCAGCAGCUACAGGAUGGUACAGCGCCAACCCUGAUCCGAGAUACUCCACAAGUAAGUUCGAUUCUCAUUUUAUGUACACUUUCAUAUCAUUUCUCCAGUCCUGAUAAUAGAAAUUACAUACUGUAUGAACGCGUAAA